ACCAAAAUUUAAGGCCGCGCUAUUUCCCGCGAGAAAAAUCUCGCAUAUUAUUUCAACUACUAGGGUUUCAAGGCAAAGAAUUUUCAUUUUCCCCUGACUUUAACACUUCUAGACUCUUCAUAUCACAAUUCACAAGGCGGAAACUCAUCAGCUUCGAAACCUAACCGAGGUAUGGAUACAUCAAAUCCUGCUGUCUUUGUCAAUGCUGAGCUCCUCCGCUCGUAUGUGGGAAGGAAGGUUCGAGCUGUGAUUCAGGUUAUGCGCUCUGAUGGUGGUACAGUGAUUGGGAGAUCUACAGAUGAGCAGCAGAUAGUUGUGAAAGGCAAUCCCCCUGGUCCUCUUACGACAUUUGUUGAGGUCAUAGGUAUCGCUGACAGUAACCAAUCUAUCCGUGCUGAAAUAUGGUCCAACUUUGGGGACACUCUAGAUACAUAUAGCUAUAACCGUGUUUGCUUGCUGGCAAAUGGUGAUUAUAAACACUUGUUCAUAUGAGGAAUCGAAAUCGACAUGAUAUAGUGGAUCCUAAUAAGUGAUCCAACUCUACUCUUAUACAUGAUGUCUGUGAAUACUUGUUUGGAAGUAUGUUGUUUAGUUUGGGAUGCUUCGCUAUGUUCUGGUUUAUGUUUCUCCGAGUGAACUUGCUGAAAUCCACAACUUCUUUUACUUGCACUACA